AGCACCUCCCUUCCCGUACCCGGUGCUCCUCCGGAAAGUACGGACCCAAGUUUACCCACCGUAGAUGUGUAAGAUAAAACGAAUGAUGCGAGUUUGAAAGGAGCGUCGGGGUUGCGACGGGGGAAUUUCGCGCACAGCGCAGUUCGGCGUUUCCAGCGAUGCACGGCAUUUCGGUGAUCGGCGGCGAAUGAAGGAUGAAACGAUCAAUGGACGUGCCGCGCGCGUUUCCACCGCAAUACUAAGUGAAACGGAACAUUGUGCUUUCCUUUCAACUUGAGAAAACUCCGGAGUUAAACGCCAAGACUGGGAAGGGGAGCGACACAGAGCACAUAGUGCUGCAUUUCCGUUUGUUUUGGAAUAUGCAAGGGAAUUCUGUGCUUCUGAAAGGAAAACAGGAUUUUAUGAGAACUAUCGCUGUUGACCCCAUCGCAUGAACUGGACAUAGCAUUUACAGAUCUGUUCUUUGACACGUUUAGUUCUAAAGUGGAAUAUGUAGCGCGAAAAUGUUGUUUUCAAACUGAAAACGAACAAAUGCAUGCGCAGCGUUUGAACAGUUCCCUUAAAAUAUCCAAGAUGAGUAGAUUACGGAUUGCAAAGGGGGACGCGCUUCGUGCUUGCCCGAUAUUAAAAAUAAUUUUCUUGACUUCCUUCUGGAGAGCUGCAGACUGCCGAGGCUCGGACCCCCAGCCCAGGUUUUCCUCCGCCCUCCCGACCUACCUGCCCGUGUCCUACCAGGUGCAGAACGCCGAGCCGGCCUUCUUCCUGAAGGAGGCGGGACAGGAAGUGAUGCGUAACGGCAGUCUGCAGACGCGCAGCGAGCCCUUCUUCAUCCAGCUCGCCGAGGGUGUCCCGUCCGUCAACUGUAGCUACGGCAACGUCUCCGCGGAGACGGCCGUGCCCCUGGAGCUCCUGCAGGCGGCCCCGCGCCUCCUGCCCAGCCCCGCCCACGUCACCUUGGGCUGGAAGGUGCGGGCGCAGGUGGUGCAGCCUCGCGCCAGCCCCGCCCAGCCACGCGUACAGGUGCUGUUCUACCUGGUGGGGCGGCGGUGGGAGGAGUCAGCCCCUCUGCCUGGGCCGAUGCCCUGCGUGAGCGCCCGGGCCUACCGAGGCUCUGCCCAGGCCGCCGCUUCCUGCCAGCUGCAGGGGACUCUGGGAAUCUGUGUGGCGGAGCUGGAACUGCCCGCCGCCUGGUUCCCCGCCCCCACAGGACGGAAGAAACCCCCCGAGGGGGAGGCGCCGCUCCUGGAGCUGUACUACACCAUCCACCCACUAGAGGGCACUGCCAGGGACUGCGCUGCCACCACAGAUCCCCUGAAAGGGCCAGAUGCGGGCUUCCUCUCUGGACAGGAAGAGGGCGUGGCUUACCUGCAGAGGAUUGGCUCUGUGGAACUGCUUAGCGGAGAGGAGGGACCACAGGCAACCAAUCUGAGGCUGGACGAGAACGUGGAGAUCCAGGUCCCGCCCAGCCCUGUGCAGCAGGGCCAGCCCGUGGGCUUCCGGGUACGAAUGCGUACGGAGUCCACGGUGCCGCAGUUCACUCUCAGAGCGCAGUACCAGGAGGGGGUGAACUUCAAAGGGGUGACGCCCAGCAACCUGGCCUCCUGGGAGAUCAAGCAGGAGCUGGUCCCGGGGAAGUCUGGCCUCUCCAUCUUCUUCCAGCGGAACCCCAGCUCUGUGGGGGACAGACUGCAGGGCUCCUUCUAUGAGGUCACUCUGGUGGAGUUUGAGGUGGACAACUUCAUCAACCUGCAGCCCACCCAGGCAGUGCACUGGCAGAUCCAGUACCCAGAAUCCACUGGGGAACCAGCAGAGGUGAUCUCCUACGUCUAUAUCAGUCAGAGAGAUCUGCAGGGCAUCGUACCUCUGGCACAGGAGACAGAGAUCCUGAACACUGCCAUCCUGACGGGUAAGCGUGUGUCGGUUCCGGUGAAGCUGGUUACCGUGGAGAGAGACGGAACAGUCAGGGAGGUGGAGGACGCCAUUGGCUGUAACUCCACUGACGAAGAUGUCGUCAAGGUAGCGCCGAGGUGUGACUCAGUCCUGGUCAAUGGGAAGGAGAUGCGUGGAAAGCAGUCUCUGCGGGUGAACUUCUCCUACCUGUACCUGCGCACACACCUGGAGAUGACGGUGUGGGUGCCCCGCCUCCCUCUGCAGAUCGAGGUGUCCGACACGGAGCUGAGCCAGGUGAAGGGCUGGAGGGUGCCCAUCCUGUCCAAUAAGAGGCCCACGCGGGACAGCGAGGAUGACGAUGAUGAAGAGCGGAAAGGUAAAGGCUGCACUCUGCAGUACCAGUAUGCUCUGGUGCGCGUUCUGACCCACUUCGUGGCCGAGCCGGCGGACCCGGGCGGAGAGCUGGUCUACAUGCUGGGGGCGGACUGGCAGGCUGACAUCACCGACCUGGUCCUGGACUUCUUCAAGGUGGAGGACCCACGCAUCGCCCGACUGCUGGACGGCCGAGUGCUGAUGGGCAGGGACCUGGGCAUCACCACCAUACAGGUGCUGUCGCCUCUCUCGGACUCUAUCCUGGCAGAGAAGACGGUGACGGUGUUGGAUGACAAGGUGACCAUCACAGAUCUGGGGGUGCAGCUGGUGGCAGGGCUUAGCCUCUCCCUACAGGCCAGCCCCAGCAACAGCCGGGCUAUCGUUGCCACGGCAACAGCACAAGACCUGCUGCAUUCCCCAAAACAGGAUGCCAUCAUCAGUGUCUGGAUCCAGUUCAGCGAUGGCUCCGUUACCCCCCUGAAUAUUUAUGACCCCAAAGACUUCAGCCUGACCGCCACCUCGCUGGACCAAAGCAUCGUUUCCGUGUAUCAGGAGCACCCGCUGAAGUGGCCGGUGGUGGUGGCGGAGGGGGAGGGGCAGGGGCCCUUAGUCCGGGUGGAGAUGGUGAUCUCCGAGGCCUGCCAGAAGUCCAAGAGGAAGAGCGUCCUGGCGUGGGGCACUGGGAGCGUGCGGGUGAAGUUUGGGCAGAACGACGUGGAGCAGCGGGGCUCGGGGCAGGAGGACGGGGAGGGGGGCGGCGCUCUGGAUAACAGCACCAGCGAGCGGCGGCUGAAGGGGCCGGAGCAGGACGGCGAGCAGGGGGGGGGCUGGAAGUACAACAGCGCUGCGUCCGACCGCGAGGAGGGGGCCAUGAGGAAGGUCAGCACCACCACCAAAACCACCAUCACCAGCCGGGCCAAGCCGGGUGCUGGGGGCCCCAACGCCCCCCCGGGCUUCACCAGCUUCCCCGCCCAGGUGGAGCUCCCUGGGGGGGCCGAGAGCGACCUUUCCCAGGCCGCGCGUGGGCUGUCUGACCUGGAGAUCGGCAUGUACGCCCUGCUGGGGGUCUUCUGCCUGGCCAUCCUCGUCUUCCUCAUCAACUGCAUCACCUUCGCCUUCCGGUACCGCCACAAGCAGCUGCCGGCGCUGGAGCAGGGCAACCUGAACCACGCCCACGACUGGGUGUGGCUGGGCAACGAGGCGGAGCUCCUGGAGCACCACACCGAGGCCCCGCCCCACGGGGAUGAGUGCACCACCAUCAUUGACCGCGGCGAGGCUUACGAGGAGAGCAAAUACCUGCUGAACGGGGGCACCCAGAAGAGCAGUCAGGGCUCCAUGCACUGCUCCCCCGACCUGGGACCCUGCAAUGGCCAGGACCCCAAAACCACACCCCUCAACAACUCCCCCAGCGCCAAGCGCAAGCGCGUCAAGUUCACCUCCUUCGCCACCAUCCUACCCGACGAAGGUGGCCCCUACACCAACUCCAUCCUCAUCGGCAACGAGGACGACAUCAAGUGGGUCUGUCAGGACAUGGACCUGAGCCAAUCAGCUGAAAUCAGAACCUACAUGGAGAGGCUACAGGACAAUCUGUGAGAGGAGGGGACGGGACACAGGAUUUUAACUCACCUAUAAUGCCUUUGGACCUGCUAGGAAGAGGUGGAUGCUGGGGUGGGGAACAGGAGGAUGCUGGGAGAUGGGUUGGGGAACAGGAGGAUGCUGGGAGGUGGAGUGGGGAACAGGAGGAUGCUGGGAGAUGGGGUGGGGAACAGGAGGAUGCUGGGAGGUGGAGUGGGGAACAGGAGGAUAUUGGGAGGUGGGGUGGGGGACAGGAGCAUGCUGGGAGGUGGAGUGGAGAACAGGAGGAUGCUGGGAGAUGGGGUGGGGAACAGGAGGAUGCUGGGAGGUGGAGUGGUGAACAGGAGGAUGCUGGGAGGUGGAGUGGGGAACAGGAGCAUGCUGGGAGGUGGAGUGGGGAACAGGAGGAUGCUGGGAGUGGGAGUGGGGAACAGGAGCAUGCUGAGAGGUGGAGUGGGGAACAGGAGGAUGCUGGGAGAGAGGAUAAGAGAGAGGGAAGGGUUAGGGUUAGGGUUAAAUCCCAGGGUGCAAACAGAACUGUUCUGCAUUGGACAUCUUUCCAGGAGAAGAGAGAGUAAUAAAGGAAUUAAAACAGAAAGACAUUAUAGCUAAAGAGGGAUUAAGCAAACUUCAGUGGAGAGCGGCUCAGAAUAAAGGCUGGAAAUGGGUGACAGGCAGGAGGCAGCGUUUUGCUCAACCUUUGAGUUCUGCUUUUGUUUAAUAUGUUUUAUUUCUUCUCUCACGCCCUCAGAGAGAGCAGGGAGAGUGUGUGGGAGUGUAUGUGCUUUCAGCAGCCCUGCUGUAGUCCGGGGCUAAAUGCCCAUUUAAUGUACAGAGAAACACAGUGUCACAUGUCACUCACAGCUCUCAGUCCUGGGCACUGCUUCUGCUGCUCCCCGGGGAUUGGUCCCUCUCUUUUCUGAUGAUGAGAUUUCUCCUUACCCCCCCCCCCCUCCACAUAGAUGUUUUGUAACUCCCUACAUACAUGCACAACCAAUAGUGGAAUCUGUCCAUAGCAAAGGUCAAAGGUCAGCUUUACUCAAGUUCAUUGUCUUUGGGUGACAGUAGAUCAGCUGGAAUAGCGAUGGUGUCAGCAGUGGGAUCUUCUCCAGUGGGAACUGAAAAUGGGACGAGAUGAAAUCGGGGGGGGAGGGGGGGAGGCGUGUGCGAAGGAGAGACCCGUCUGUGUCCCGGCUGCUUCCCCUCAUUGUUACAUGUACAGUAAAGCCCUCGUUUUUGGGAGGGGCUGUGUUCACUGGGAUAUCUGCUCCCCAGUGCCCAGCAACGGGGGCAGAGCUGGGACAGGAGACUGCAGAACUCACCAUGCUCUGGGUUAGCCCCCCCAGCCUGGCCAAAGACACUGGAGCAAUACGCACAGGCUGGCUCUGCCCUCCAGAACAAAAAUGGACACGACCUCUGACCUGCGACCAUGGGCCCCGACGGUGUGACCAUGUGACCUCACAGUGUGACCAUGUGACUUGAUGGUUUGACGAUGUGACCUACUGGUGUGACCAUAUGGUUCUCGGAGAGAUAAAAUAGGAUUCAUAUUUCCUGAGCUCCCUCCAUUUUCUGUGAACACAAUUUUCAAAGACACUGUACAAAUGGUCAACUACACGGUCGACUACUCAUGUCUGUCAUUACCGUGCGAAUGUGUUUCUUCUCCUGUUGUGAAGAUGUACAUUUUUCUAUCCUCUAUUAAGUCUCUGAGCCUCAUGCUUUUUAUCGUGUUCUUUGGGUUUUUUUCCUUUAUUUGGUAGAACAUGCUGUUCACAACCAAGGAUAUCCCCUCCUCUAAGCUCAGGUGAACACAUACAGUAAAUACGUCCAGUUUGCAUUAUAGAUUGUAAGAAUGUAAUAUUUAUUUAUAAAUAUAAUACAAAAAUGUUGUAAAUAAAAAGGCUUCAAUCUGCUUGUUAAUAAAGCAAGUCACUGCUAAUAGUGUCCAUUUUGUACAUAUGCUGAUCCAGUGAAGUCAUGAGAUACUGUGUCUCCUGACUGCCCUGUCCAUCUACCAUGUCACAGUAAAUGUUGACCUGUUGUACAACUUGUGUCCUAAGUCAUAAUAUAUUUUUAGAAAAUAGCCAGUAGUUAUUGAUUUUUAUGAUAUUGUCUCUGAUUUUAGAUUCAGGUCCUAACCAAUUUUAAAAUGCUGACACUAGAACUCACUGGUGAAGCUCAUAUGUUCUCCAUGGCAUGUUUGAUAUAGUUUGAUUUGAAUAUUUUUAAAGAGCAUAUUUAAAAAAUGAGUCUGAUUUUUUAAAACACAAUGCAUCAGAAUAUGAUGCAAACGCACAUGGUGUGGUCACGCCAGUCUUAUCUCCUGUGAUAUCACAAUUCCAAUGACCACCCCAGCAUAACCUCCUGUGACAGCACUAUUCUGAUGAUGAUGUGAACACUAUCUUCUAUGACAUCACUAUUUUUUAUUAUGAUAUGUUCAUUUUCUCCUGUGCUGGGUCCAGUAUUAGCCCAGGCUCAGAGUUUAAAGGUAUGUAAUGUGUUACCUGAACAGCCAUAGGAAGGAAGCAGAGCUUCAGGGGGAGUGAGUUCUUACUGUCUGGGGGAAUGCAAUAUGAGCCUUUUAAAAGGGGUUCGAUGCACUUUCUGUGCUUCAAACCUUUCUGUUUUAAUCAACUCCUGGAUGUCUUUAUUUUAUGACAUACUUUUUUAUAAUGUAAUUUUGUGUUUGAAAUGUAAGGGUGUGUGGACCUGGAGAACUUGACGUGUGUGUAUAUAAAUGCAGAAAUGUCCCCUAAA